AUGUUGCUCCCACAUACUAUUUUUUCAUUUAUUCCCGUUCUGUGGGCACUGUCUGCUUAUGCUAGUGAGUUUGUAAUAGAAGAGGAAGAAGAUAUAUUCAAGAUCCAGUCCUGCCCUGCCUUCUUAAUGUUCCAGAACGCUGCUUAUCUGGCUGAUAUGACCUUUGAACUGCCAUGCCUCUGUAAGCCUAAGGAGGUGACCUCAGUUGUCUGGUACUAUCAGAAAAAACUGGGCAAGGGACACACAAAGGUUCUGAGUGACUUCAAUGGAAUGAAGAUUUUAGAUACUUCACAGUUACGUUUUGGAUCACCAAUAAGUUCACGGUUCAGUAUCUUAAUGUUUAGCCUGGUAGUUUUCAAUGCCCAGCCUGAAGAUUCUGGGCAUUAUAUGUGUGGUUCUGUGAAGGGCGAUUACUUCUACGGUUAUGAUGUUGAUGUGCAAAGUUACAGCAAUGCGCAGAUAACCUUCCAGGAGCAGAAUAAGAAGCCUCAGAUGGAUGUGGAGACUAAGACCUACAAGAUUUUUACGUUGUAUUGGGACUGGACCGUGUGUGAUCGGUGUGGGGUGAGAGGAGAACAACGGCGCAUUGGCUUGUGUUACUUCCAUAGCCAUUACCUCUAUUUCAGGUACAAGAAGACCAUACCUGACGUGGUCUCCUGUGGCUCUGCUGCUGUUCCCCCUAGGUACCACCACAUCCUGAAGAAGAGAAAAGCUGAGAUUAUGGUGCGGAGCUGCUUCACGCAGUGUCCAAAACCUCCCAACUUCGUUGAAGGACAGACGUUCAUCUUUGACCUGUUCGGUUACACCAAUGACAAGAAUAAGAAAGUUCCUAAAGUCCCAGUGCAGGUGCACAUGCAUUUCAUAGCUCAACCCUUGAUUCUUGCCUGUCCAGGAGCCAGAGCAGAACAAGCAGUGGCCUGGGACAAGGGACAACGACAGCUCUACAGGCAGGAGUACAUGAUGGGUGUAAACAAUAGCAUGAGGUUGUACAUUGACCAUGGCAAUCACCUGGUUUUCCGUGACUUUCAGUUGAGUGAUACUGGGACCUAUUUCUGUUGGAAGCAAGGCCAGAUGGUGGCUGGGAUUAAGCUGAAGAUUGGCCUCCCACCGAGGAUCCAUCGAAGUUUCACUGAUCCUGAGUCCAUCUUUGCAAUGCAAACAAUCCUGAGCUCUUACUUCAUUUUGAUGAUAAUAUUUAUUUUCAUCAAAUGUAUGAAAUGUUGCAAUUAUUAUUUUGUUUGCUUUUAA